UGGAAUAUAUAUCAUAAUGAUGUAGUUGGAAAAACUAUCAACUCUCUACGUCUAUAUAAAGAUCAGCAGAAAUGGAGGUGGUAACUCAAAUAUAUAUAUACAAGCUUUCGAGCUAAUUGCUUUGUGCUAGCCUUUUCUUCUAUAUGUCUACGUUCUUCAAAACAAGCGAAAGAUCCUUCAUGGCUGCUAUCGUGAUUCUUCUGGGAUUCUUACUGGCCAACCUUGGCACAACAGGUGCACAAUCGGUUGGCGUUUGUUAUGGAAUGCUCGGCAACAAUCUACCACCAGCCUCAGAAGUUAUAGCUCUCUACAAAUCGAACAACAUCAAAAGAAUGAGAAUCUAUGACCCGAAUCAAGCAGUUCUGCAAGCCCUUAGAGGCUCCAACAUCGAACUCAUGCUGGGUGUUCCAAACUCAGACCUCCAGCGCCUUGCCACCAACCCUUCCGAAGCACGUUCAUGGGUACAGCAAAAUGUACUGAACUUCUGGCCCAGCGUCAGAUUUCGAUACAUUGCAGUCGGAAAUGAAGUGAGCCCUGUUAAUGGAGGUACGUCUUGGUUAGCACAGUUCGUUCUCCCUGCCAUGCAGAACAUAUACCAGGCAAUCAGAGCCGCCGGACUUCAGGACAAAAUCAAGGUUUCGACCGCCAUUGACAUGACCUUGAUAGGAAACUCCUACCCCCCAUCGCAAGGGGCAUUCCGGGGUGAUGUUAGGUCGUAUUUAGACCCCAUCAUCGGCUACCUAGUAUAUGCAAAGGCACCUUUACUUGCCAACGUGUAUACUUACUUCAGCUACGCCGGAAACCCACGAGACAUCUCUCUUUCCUAUGCUUUGUUCACUUCCCCGUCGGUUGUGGCCUGGGAUGGUCAGAGAGGAUACCAAAACCUUUUUGAUGCGAUGUUGGAUGCAUUGUACUCGGCACUCGAGAGAGCUUGGGGGGGUUCGUUGGAGGUUGUCGUGUCGGAGAGUGGAUGGCCAUCGGCAGGUGGGUUUGCUACAACAUUUGACAAUGCACGCACGUAUUGCUCGAACUUGAUCCGACAUGUCAAAGGGGGAACACCCAAGAGGCCUGGAAGAGCUAUUGAGACUUACCUCUUUGCCAUGUUUAAUGAGAACCAGAAACAACCAGAGCUGGAGAAAAACUUUGGGCUUUUCUUCCCAAACAAACAGCCUAAAUAUAACCUCAAUUUCGGUGGAGAAAGAAUCUGGGAUAUCUCUGCAGAAUAUAAUACAACAGUUUCCCUCAGGAGUGAUGCCUAAGAGAAUAUAUAUAGGAGUCCUCUCUUUCUGUGUGUCUUCAUGAUCAUAAUGCUACUCUGUUUUCUAUAUCAAUAAGAGAAUCAGCAAUCAAUGCGUGAUUUGUUUUUGUAUGAAUAUAGAGAAUUAAUAAACUCAUGUAGUGGUGUUGUUGAAA